CAAUUAUUACUAGCAUACUGGACAGCAUGAAGGAACUACUCGACGAUGUGCAUAGACCCGCAGAGUCGCUAGAACGGCUGCAUAAUAUAACUGUAUUGAUCACGGAGGAAAUGGAGCGCGUUGCCGAACCCAUGAUCCGGGAUAUACGCAAGGGCAAGAAGCUGUUUGCCCAGCAGGCGGUGCGCAUCAAUGAAAUCAUCGAUGUGGUCAUCAGUGACAUCCAUUUGGCCACACUGCGUUCAACGAGGGCAUUCGACGAUCUCUACGACAAGUUCAAUGAGACACGUUACUAUGUCGUGCUGUACAUCUCAGUGUCGGUGAUUGUGAUACUCGCUAUACUGAUUUUCGCUUUGAUCUUUGGCUCCUUUGGCAAACGUGUCACUGGCAUGGAGGAUGGUUUUUUUAGCCAAAAGAUUGGUUCGUACCUCCUGUUAUUAGCCAUGUUGCUGAUAUUCUGCGUUCUAUCCGUUAUGUUUAUGAUGGGCCUCUUCUACUUUGUGAUCGGCGGUGUGGCAUUUAAAGGCGCCUGCUCACCACUUUUUGCACAGAAAGCGGCGCGCCGUGCGCUGCUCGAAGGGCUUAAAUCUGGCAGCGAUGAUGAGCGCAAUUUUACGGCUGAGGCGAGGAGUGGUGGCUCCGCCGGGGAAGCGCUCCGAAUAUCGAAGGUCAUCAAUGAGUGUGAGGGCGCGAGCAUGAUAUUUAAUUAUUUGCAAGUGAAUCGAAUCUAUGACAUAGACGAUCUGGCACGAAUAAGCGUGAUGAGCCCCAUGGAAACUGAACUCAAACUCUUCGAGGAUCUGGAUCUAUCGAACUUCUCGCUGGUCACCGAAGAGGACAAAGAGUUGUACUUGUCGGUGUCGAAACAGGAGAUCGGACUUAUCCAUCACGAACUGUGGUACGAUCACCUAUGCUUCGAGUAUGUGCCCAUCGAUUUUAAUAAGGUUGCUAGUGGUCUAAAGAAAUUGGCCCAAUCAUUGCCCUGGAAAAGCUAUCAAUCGGCCAAGGCUGCGUUCGCGAACGAAUUUAUCAAUCUAUACACAUUCUAUAGAGCAUACGCACCCGUUCUGAACGAUAACAUCGAGCUAUUGGUGGAUGUAAUUGCAGAUGUUGAUUCGGCCAUUUUAUACGAACAAUACAACUUUGGUGACACCCUGCGUAUCUUAUUGAAAAAUAUUUUAAACACUGAGAUUUUUAUACGGGACAUGGGCCAGAGCUACCUAUCGAAUAUUGGCAAAAAUCUAACGGCAGUGGUUAACGAACAAAUCAAUGACUACAUCAAAAUGAUUGUCUAUGAGGCAAAAACCGAAAUCGGAAGCUGCCAGCCACUGAGCUACAUCUAUGAGCGCAGCCUGGAUAAGAUUUGCAGUGAAAUGGUUGAUCCCAUUAUCGGCUAUUGGACGGGCAUUGUGCUGUCUGCGUUCCUUCUGAUGAUCGUCCUCUGUAUUGCCCAUCGUCUGCAGUGUCUGUACAAGCAGAUUCAGUUGAUGCCAUUCGUGCCUAUUAAGGUGACAUCGACAAGCUGUCCGUUUUGCAUUGGUCGAUCAGAGAGGCUAGCAGCUGGUGAGCCGGCACAAUAUUGUUGCUGCAAUCUCCCGACGAAUGGCGCUGCAGGAACGGCAAUUUACGAUGUGGAACAGGCGAUUGGAGCAACGGCGAAUCAUCCCAAAACUAUCAGGGAUUCUGAGUCCAGUACAGACGGAAAGAAUAAGUUGGACUAGCAAAUGGUAGAGACAUGUUCAAACGGAAUUUCGAGUGUGUUGCCCUGGCCAGGCCUGGCCUGGCCGAGUGUUACGUUACGGCCCGAUCAAAGCCUGUUAAGUGCAUAUGUGAAUCUCUGGUGAGUGAGGGAACUCUGAUGGGACUUUGAUGGUGGUGGGCUGUGGGCUUGGCUGACUUCGAAUCCCCAUUCCUGGACUUAUUUUCAAUAGCAAACCGGUAAAGUUUCUUUGGUAUCAUGAUCAUUUAUGCUUGGCAUAGGACACGCUAUUUCUAAAUAUUUACAGAAAACUCUUAAAUACAUUUUUUUUUUAUACAAUAGG